UUGUGGUUGUCUUUGCUUAUUAAGCCACUCUCUCUAAGACACAAAGAAGUGGGGAAAAAAACUAUCCCAAAAGCAACCAACACAUUUCUCUGUCUCUCUCUCUCUCUUCCAUGGACUUACAACUGAAGCAAUGGAGAAGUCAGCAGCAGAAUGAGUCAGAAGAACAAGGUUCUGCAACUAAGAUGUCUAGCUUUUUCUUUGAUCAGAUUCAGUCUCAAACUGAAACUUCUGCUGCUGCUCUACCUCUCUUUGUCCCUGAACCCACCUCUUCUUCCUCAUUCUCAUGUUUCACUCCUGAUUCUUCCUCUUCCUCUACAAGGCACCUCAAGAUGGGAAACUUCUUUAGCUUGGCACAGUGGCAAGAACUUGAGCUACAAGCACUGAUCUACAGAUACAUGCUAGCUGGUGCUUCUGUUCCUCAAGAGCUCCUCUUGCCCAUCAAGAAAAGUCUCUUCCAUCAGUCUCCUUUGAACUUCCUUCAGCAUCCUCUGCAACAUAACUUCCCUCAUCACCAAGCUUCUUGGUAUUGGGGGAGAGGAGCAAUGGAUCCUGAGCCAGGGAGGUGCAAGAGAACGGACGGGAAGAAAUGGAGAUGUUCGAGAGAUGUUGUAGGCGGUCACAAGUAUUGCGACCGCCACAUCCACCGUGGUCGAAACCGUUCAAGAAAGCCUGUGGAAACAACCGCCAAAACCGCCACCACAAACGCUGCCACAAACGCAGCAUCUUCCUUCGUCUUAGGCGAGGAGCUUGGUCAUGGACCAAACAAUCUCUUCUUCUCCUCUGGCUCUUCACAUCAUUCAUCUCCACAUCUCCACCUUAAUAGUCAUCAAAGUUGUCCUUCCGACAUGAAUCAAGAAAGCAACAACAACAAGAGGCCAUAUGAAACUCGCAGUGGGUUCAGCAAUGGAAGAUCAGAUGAUGGUCACAUCCUGAGACCUUUCUUUGACGAUUGGCCAAGAUCAUCUGACUCUACCUCAAGUCCAUUGACCUCAUCGACUUGUCAUCUUUCCAUCUCCAUGCCCGGUAACCCUCCCUCAGACGUUUCCUUAAAGCUUUCCACAGGAAAUGAAGAAGAAGAAGAAGCAAACAUGAGAAACAACAACAACAAUGAGAGGGAGCAGCAACAAAACAUGAACUGGUGGAGCAGUGGAGGGAACCACAACAAUAUGGGUGGGCCAUUGGCUGAAGCCUUGAGGUCAGCCUCCUCAACUUCAAGUGUUCUUCAACAAAUGGGAAUCUCAACUCAAGUCUUUCACUGAGGAUAGUGUUGCCUUUGAAUCUACACUUUCUGCAGAUGGUUUUUCUAUGAAUUGUUUUUGCUCUGGUGAUGUUGUUAGGCCUAAGUUGCCUGCUUUGGAACUGUUUUCUUUCUUCCCUCUGCAGUAAUUUAUGUCUAAACUUUGAGUAUGUUGGUGAUAACUGAUAACUAUGUCAUAAGUCAGUACCUGAGCAGUUUCUUGGGUUAGAUGUUGGUGAUAAGUAUGUUUUGAUUAGCUA